UAUUGACAAAGAGGCUAUAGUUACCUGGGAAACGAUAUGCAUUUGAUCGAUGGUUUAAAGUAUUCUCGGUGUUUAUACUACGUAUUGUGUAAUUAUUUGGUAAAAUAAAUAAAAUUAUAAAACAAAGAUAUUUAAUAAAAUAAAAUAAAAAUGGGAAAUUCUUGUGCGAGUUGCACAGAUUUCUCAUUCUCGAAAACAGCUUCAGGAUCUGUUCUGGAUAGAGUAAUAUCUCAAGCGUCUAACGAAGACGAUUGUUUGUUGUAUAAGUUAGCGGAUUAUAAAAAAGGAGGAGAAUUGAUCAACGUGUAUAAUAAUGGUGGCCAAGACGAAGCGGAACGAUUUAUUGUUGAAAAAUUACCCGGCCUUAUGUAUAACAAUGGUAAAGGUCAUAUGAUAAAUCGAAAUGAUUAUUUGAGAUGGAAAUUUCAAAAUCGUAAACACGUGGCCGUUAAUGUUGAGGAAAGGCCGGGCCCUCACGAUCCGUUGACAAGAUGGGUGGACCACGUGGCGUGCUGGCAAAUGCAAUACAGAGGAUCAUUAGGCGAAAGUCUGUUGCACGUAUUAAUCAUAUGCGAUACUGUGAUACACACUCGGCUCUCCCGACUACUUCUCAAACACUACCCGAUGUUAAGUCAAGAUGUUGUGGAAGGUGAAGAAUAUCUCGGCGCCAGUGCAUUACAUUUGUCUAUUGCUUACAACAACAACGAUUUAAUCCAAGACUUGGUUGAUGCUGGAGCAAAUAUUUGUCAAAGAGCCAUAGGGAGCUUUUUCUUACCACGCGAUCAACAGAAUAAAGAAAUCAAUAACAAACACACGGAUUACGAGGGUCUAGCGUAUCUCGGAGAGCUACCGUUAGCGUGGGCUGCUUGUUGCGGAAACCAAACGGUAUAUAACCUGUUGAUUGAUGCUGGAGCAAACCCUGACGCCCAGGACUCGUUUGGAAAUAUGAUUCUCCAUAUGGUGGUCGUUUGUGACAAACUGAGUAUGUUUGGUUAUGCUUUGAAGCACCCUAAAGUGCCGGCAAGUAAUGGUAUAAUGAACGUGGCAGGACUAACACCUUUAACUCUAUCGUGUAAACUUGCAAGAACUAGUGUUUUCCGUGAAAUGUUGGAACUAAGUGCAAGGGAAUUUUGGAGAUAUAGUAAUAUUACAUGUUCGGCGUAUCCUUUAAGUGCUUUAGACACAUUACUUCCAGACGGAAGAACAAAUUGGAAUUCAGUAUUGUUUAUAAUUUUGGAUGGUACAAAAGAAGAACAUUUAGACAUGCUCGAUGGAGGCAUAAUUCAAAAAUUAUUAGAAGAAAAGUGGAAAACUUUUGCUCGGAAACAAUUUAUGAAACGUUUAGUUAUAUUAUCCAUCCAUUUAAUCAUGUUGAGUAUUUCUAUAUACCUAAGACCCGUGGACCAGGACAAACCAUUGUUAGGAGAAGCAGAAGACUGGCAAGACGUGGCAAGGUAUUGUUUUGAAGGCGGAACAGUAGUCGGAGUGCUGUCAUAUUUAAUCGUUCAGCAAGGUGGAGAAAUACUCAAUCAAGGUCUGGUAGGAUUUUUAAAACAAACGUUCAAAGAACCGGCCAAACUGAUAUUUCUGAUUUCAAAUUUAUUAAUAUUGGGUUGUAUACCACCCAGGAUGAUGGGUGACAAACAGACUGAGGAAGCCAUAUUAGUAUUCGCCGUUCCCGGAUCGUGGUUUUUGUUAAUGUUUUUUGCUGGCGCUAUACGCCUGACUGGUCCUUUCGUAACUAUGGUGUACUUGAUGAUCACAGGAGACAUGUUAACCUUUUUCGUCAUCUACUCAGUAAUUUUGUCUGGUUUUACGCAAUCGUUUUUUUUUCUCUACAAAGGAUCGCCAGACGUCAGUACGUCGUUAUAUAAAUCUUACCCUUCUACAUGGAUGGCCUUAUUUCAAAUUACUAUGGGUGACUACAAUUACGCGGAUUUGAGUUACACCGUAUACCCCGCUCUCAGCAAAACUGUGUUUACGGUUUUCAUGGUGUUGGUGCCCAUUUUAUUACUUAACAUGUUAAUAGCUAUGAUGGGAAACACUUAUGCGCACGUCAUCGAACAGAGCGAAAAAGAAUGGAUGAAACAGUGGGCUAAGAUUGUAGUUACUCUCGAGAGAGCUGUACCACAAAAAGCAGCCAGGAAUUACCUCGAAGAAUAUAGCAUUCAGCUGGCACCCGGUGACGACGUAAAUCCAGAACAAAGAGGAUUCAUGGUAAUUAAAUGUAAAAGUCAAACACGAGCGAAACAGCGAAAAGGCGCAGUCAUAAAUUGGAAGAAAAGUGGAAAGUUGGUCAUUCAAGAGCUUCGUAGAUUAGAAGGCACUGGCCAAAAUUUAAGAGAUAUGAUUUGGAAACGAUCGUCUCUAUCAGCGUCUUCUCCGGUCGCUAAAAGUGUAUCAAUAACAAAAAAUAAAAGCAAGUCUUAUUCUGAAGCAAAAGAUGACCAAAUUCGGCUCUCUGGUGCACUAGGAGCAGCACUAGACGCGAUUGCUGUAGCUCAUGAUUUAGACAUGACCCUGACAAAAGAUCAAUCGAUUGAUGAAUUACAUGAUCCUUUAAGACAGUUAGUAAUAAUGUCGGAAAGUGAUAAAAAUAUUGAUAAAAGCCAAGUCGAAAUAGUGGCGAAUGCAGCAGCAAAAAUUGCAAACCAAGAUUCUAUAAAACCGAUAUCGGUUAAUUUAGAGCAACAAAAUGAUUUAAAAAAUGAUAGAACUAAAAUUCCAACUGCCGGUAACACAAUUACAAAUAGAAAACUGUUAAACAAGCAAUCUAAAAAUUUAAGCAUGUAUGGUUUUGAGAGUCAGGACAUUUCAGUAGAUAAAUACAGCAAAGAAAUUGUAAUCACAAGAAGUAUUUCAACUCAAACUGGAGGUAUUGGUAUCAUCGAAAAAAACGAACGACCGAUAAUAAGACCAAAAACUGCAAAAAUCAAUCGCGUGACGCCCACACAGAAUUUCGCGGUGAAAAGAGGCCAAUCAGCACAGCCGGACAAACGGGAAGACCACAGGGAUAACAAGGAGCAACAGUGUUAUUGCAUCAGUGGCAACAACAUGUUGAGGCCGUGGAGCACUCAAGACCUGGCACCGUUAAACACGAUCAUGGCUUGGGGUCCCAACGACGAUUUCUGACCGAACGACAAGAGAUAAUUAAACCUAAAUAAUAAAAAAUAUAAAUUAUGGCACGGUGGUGAAACGGCCAUUGUUAUAAUAUUUAAUACUGCAACUACGUACCCGUCACCCGGUAUGCGUUUAUGACGUUUAUGUCGCUUUAUCGUGACACCCAUCGCUUUCUCGGAGGAUGCUUUCUACUCGCUGUUUUCUCUGUCUUAUACAUAGGCGUAACGUAGAAAAUCUAUGUAACUCCUUACGGGAUUCUUAUUACGGUUUAUUCAUAGUCAAUAUAAUCAGAGCAAAUUUACAUAUUAUUAUUAUUAACAUCUAGUUUUUGGAGGAGUAUAUAAACCAUGUAAUACUGCAAAGAUUUUUUUCAUAUAUUUAUUUUUCAACGAGUUUUAUGAAUUUUAAAUUUAAAAUUAUUUAAAAAUUAUUUAAACUCAUUAUAAAAAUAAUGUGUAAAAAAACUCUCCGUAUAAACACUGUUUAUACUGUCUUCUCUGCAAAUUCAAUAACAUAUAUCAUGUAAAGUGGCUCUAAUAUGAACUAAGAAAAAACUGCAUUGAAAAUCUGGAAGCUCAUAUAGAUUUUUUGUGUUACGACUCUACUAGUGGUAUUAUUUUAUUUUUAAUAUUAAAGUAAAUUGACAUAUUGUACUAAAUUUAAAGUUAAGUUUAUAUUAUUUCAGGUAUUAUAAAAUUUAAAGGUAAGAAUUUAUUAUCUUGGGCCCCAACUUGGUUUUUUGUAUUUUAAUUUUGAAACGAGUUAUGAGCAUUUUAAA